AUGCCCGGUCACGUCUCCGGCCGCAUUAAGCUGCUCGCCGACGACACCAAACUGUACCGCCACGUGACUGAGGACCCUGCCGAGUUCCAGGCCGACAUCGACGCCCUCGUCCGCUGGUCGAGCGAGUGGCUGCUGCCCUUCAAUGCCUCCAAAUGCAAAGUGAUGCACAUCGGCAGACACAACCCAAGGAGAACCUACCGCCUGAACGACUCUGUCAUCGAAGAAGUUACGGAGGAAAAGGACUUGGGCAUCAUCAUCGACGAGGACCUGAAAUUCCACCAGCAAACAGCGGCUGCCAUCGCGAAAGCCUCCAAGAUGCUGGCUGUGGUGAAGCGCUCCUUCGCUACCAUCAAUGAGGUCACCCUCCCCCUGCUCUACAAGUCCAUGGUCCGUCCUUUUAUGGAAGGCGACAUGAUCACCGUCUUCUAG